ACUUCAUACUUUGUAUUUAUUUUCUUGCUCUCCCCUGUUUUGGCCUUAGAUCUUUACAUGUUGUAGGCUAGACAUAAUAUUCAGAUUGCAGUAAACAGAGUCCUCAACACAUUGCAGUGUUAAAGAAUAACAACCUUUUUAUGAACAAGAAAUCCCGGUGCAGCAGAUAUUGUACAGAUGUGUGUUCAUGGAUAUUAAAUCUAAAAUCAUUGUCACACAAAACUGCCUGUAAACAAGAGUACAUUAAACUACAAUUUCAGAGGUUUUUUUUAGUUAUACAGACAUUUAUUAUAGAUAGUAUUCAUGUCUCUUAAAAAUAGUAGCAAAUGAGAUGAAUUUAUUCAAUGUACAGUUGCGUUUGCUAGGUUAAUUAGAAAAGCAGAGGCGUUUUAUGUAGAUUUUCAUAUGGAAGCCCUAAUAAUGUGAAAAAAUAUGUGUACUUUCCUUUAUUACAUGAUGACUGAGGCAUGGGCAUUUUGAAUUUGACCAAGGACAACAUUAUCCUCUGAACUAUGUGCAUGCAGUUGUUGUAAAUUUCCACAGUAGCUCUUUGCUGUCAGUAUAAUUGGUGUGUUUGGUCUUGGAUGGAGUGCUGAUGUGCACCGAGCAGGGGCAGGUCUCUGGGAGAUGCAAGUGUGUUCAGGGGCCCUGCUACUCUACAGAGACCAAAGACAAUAGAGAGCAGUGUGCUGUUGUGUUGAGAGGCAACGCAAGCCUGAGAGGACUGUACUGCUGUCGAUUGGUGCCAACACAGAUGCACAGAAAUCUCACAAAGAACUAAGUGAAUGAUUAUACCAUCGUACAGGACGGUAAAGCAGAUCAACUCUUGUAACAUGAGCUCGGUGGCUGUGUUGACUCAGGAGAGUUUUGCUGAGCACCGAAGUGGACUAAAGGACACUGAGAUCACAGGUGGUAUUCCUGAGGAUGAGGCAUACAUUCCCACCUAUCUGGAGGCCUUUCCCCCGCUGCCAGACAAAGGUGCUCAGGGAGAGAGAUCAGGAGGUCCAGCAGGGGCCUGGUGCAAAAUCCCACCCAUCAAAGCCUCUGUCAUCACACAGGUGUUUCAUGUUCCACUGGAGGAGCGGCGAUAUAAGGACAACAGUCAGUUUGGAGAAGGAGAUGAGGCAAAGGUAUGCCUAGACAUCAUGCAGAGGACUGGAGCUCACAUUGAACUUUCCCUGGCUAAAGACCAAGGCCUUUCCAUCAUGGUGACAGGAAAACUUGACUCUGUCAUGAAGGCACGGAAAGAGAUUGUGGCUCGACUCCAAACUCAGGCCUCGUCCAUGGUCGUCAUUCCAAAGGAGCACCAUCGUUUCGUGAUUGGGAAGAACGGGGAAAAGCUGCAGGAGCUAGAACUGAAAACAGCCACCAAGAUUACCAUCCCCCGCCCUGACGACCCUAGCGCCAACAUACGCAUCACGGGCACCAAGGAGGGCAUCGAGAAAGCUCGUCAUGAGAUCCUUCUCAUCUCUGCUGAGCAGGACAAGCGUGCAGUUGAGCGUUUGUCUUUAGAGAAAGCCUUUCACCCAUUCAUCGCCGGCGCGUACAACCGCCUCGUGCAGGAGCUGAGCCAGGAGACAGGUGCCCGAAUCAGCAUCCCACCCCCCAGUCUCCCCAAAGACGAGAUUGUCAUCACCGGGGAGAAGGAGGCGGUUGCCAUGGCCAUUGCACGCAUCCGUGCCAUCUAUGAGGAGAAGAAGCGAAAAACGACCACCAUCUCGGUGGAGGUGAAGAAGUCACAACACAAGUACAUAGUGGGGCCGAAGGGUAACACCCUUCAGGAGAUCAUGGAGGGCACAGGAGUGUCUGUGGAGAUGCCGCCACUGGACUCUGGUUCUGAGACCAUCAUUCUGAGAGGGGAGCCAGACAAACUGGGCCCAGCCCUGACCCAGGUCUAUGCUAAGGCUAAGAGUGUGAUGGUGGUCGAGGUGACUGCACCAGCCUGGCUCCAUCGAUUCAUCAUUGGAAAAAAAGGGCAAAACAUCAGUCGCAUCACACAGCUACUCCCGCGGGUGCAUAUUGAGUUUACAGACGGAGAAGAGCGGAUCAGUCUGGAAGGCCCCACGGAGGAGGUUGAAGAAGCUCAGGCCCAAAUACAGGGGAUCAUUAAAGACUUGAUGGAAAGGAUGGACUACACUGAGAUUAAUAUCGACCAGCGUUUUCACAGGCACCUCAUUGGCAAGAACGGGGCUAACAUAAACCGGAUCAAGGAGCAGUACAGGGUGUCAAUUCGGAUUCCUCAGGACUCGGAGCGGUGCGGGCUGGUCCGCAUUGAGGGCGACCCCGAGGGCGUGCAGCUGGCUCGCAGGGAGCUGGUGGAUCUAGCCCAGCGGAUGGAAAACGAGCGUACCAAAGACCUGAUCAUAGAGCAGAGGUUUCACCGUACCAUCAUUGGCCAAAAGGGUGAAAAGAUCAAAGAAGUGCGAGACAAGUUUCCCGAGGUUAUUAUCAACUUUCCAGACCAGUCUCAGAAGAGUGACAUUGUUCAGCUCCGUGGGCCUAAGAAUGAGGUGGAGAAAUGUGCUAAGUUCCUGCAGAAACUCCUCAUGGAGCUGGUUGAAAGCAGCUACUCAAUAUCUGUGCCCAUCUUUAAACAGUUCCACAAAAAUAUAAUUGGCAAAGGAGGUGCUAACAUUAAAAAGAUUCGUGAAGAGACCCACACGAAGAUCGACCUCCCCACGGAGAACAGUGACUCAGAAAUGAUCGUCAUCACCGGCAAGAAGAGCAGCUGUGAGGUGGCCCGCGACCGGAUCCUCUCCAUUCAGAGAGACUUGGCAAAGCUAACGGAAGCGGAGGUGACCAUCCCGGCUAAGCUGCAUAACUCUCUGAUCGGCUGGAAGGGCUGUCUCGUGCGCUCGGUGAUGGAGGAGUGCGGAGGCGUGCACAUCCACUUCCCCGCCGAGGGCUCCGGGGUGGACAGGGUCAUCAUCCGCGGUCCUGCCGCUGAGGUGGAGAGAGCCAGGAGACAGCUGCUGCAGCUGGCUGAGGAGAAGCAAGUCAACAGAUUCUCAGUGAUGCUGCAAGCCAAACCAGAGUACCACAAGUUCCUGAUCGGCCGGGGAGGGGCCAACAUCCGGAGGGUGCGUGACCGCACUGGGGCGCGCGUCAUCUUUCCGUCAGCUGAGGAGCCUGACCAGGAGCGCAUCACCAUCGUGGGGCGGGAGGAGGCCGUGCGGCAGGCCCAGAGAGAGCUGGAGGCGCUCAUCAAAAACCUGGAGGACGUGAUUGAGGACAGCAUGGUUGUGGACCCGCGACACCAUCGCCAUUUCGUUUGCCGGCGAGGGCAGGUCCUGAGGGAGCUGGCGGAGGAGUUUGGUGGCGUGAUGGUCAGCUUCCCACGCACAGGCACACACAGCAACUGCAUCGCACUCAAAGGGGCCAGAGAGUGUGUGGACGCAGCCAAGAGACGCAUUCAGGAGAUCAUCCAGGAUCUGGAGUCUCAGGUGAGUGUGGAGGUGGUGGUUCCACAGCGUUACCACAGGACCGUGAUGGGACCUAAAGGCUGCAGGAUCCAGCAGAUCACCCGAGAGCACGAUGUCCAGGUCAAGUUCCCUGAGAGAGAUGAGUCCUCAGCUCAGGAAGCAUGUCCUGUAGAGAACGGCGGCACCAGCCCUGAGACGGAUUCGGCACCUCGCAGGUGUGACGUCAUCACUGUGACGGGGCAGCUGGAGAAGUGUGAGCUGGCACGAGUGGCCCUGCUGGCGCUGGUCCCUGUGACGGUUGAUGUCGUCGCGCCCUACGACCUGCACCGCUACAUCAUCGGCCAGAAGGGAAGCGGUAUAAGGAAGAUGAUGGAGGACUAUGAGGUGAAUAUCUGGGUUCCCCAGCCGGAGAAGCAGUUAGACGUGAUUAAAGUCACAGGGCAGGAAGCCAGUGUGGAGAGAGCCAGACAGGCCCUGCUGGACCGAGUUAAAGAGCUGCAGGCCGAGCAAGAGGACCGGGCCUUACGGAGUUACAAGGUUACUCUUUCGAUUGACCCCAAGUAUCACCCUAAAAUCAUCGGCCGCAAAGGAGCCGUCAUCUCGCAGAUUCGCAAAGACCACGAUGUCAGCGUGCAGUUCCCUGACAAAAGCGACGAGCAGCAGGAUAUGAUCGUGAUCUGGGGCUAUGAGCGGAAUGUGGAAGACGCUAGAGUAGCUAUUGAGCAGAUGGUCGCAGCGCUGCAGGAGAUGGUGAGCGAGGACGUCUGGCUGGAUCAUCGGGUCCACGCUCGCAUCAUCGGUGCUCGCGGUAAAGCUGUCCGCAAGCUCAUGGAGGAGUUCAAUGUUGAUAUAAGGUUUCCGCAACCAGGUUCAGAAGACCCAGACAAAGUGACAGUUACAGGCCUCCCGGAGAAUGUUGAUAAAGCCAUUCACCAUCUUCUCAACCUGGAGGAGGAAUAUAUGUUGAGUGUGACUGAAACGGAAACACUGGCCGCCUAUAUGAAGCCUCCGUCCCGUACCGCGGGGCUCAGGGGAGGGGACGAUGAGAGCAAAGGCCCAACUAAAGGCUUCGUUGUGCGGGAUGCCCCCUGGAACGUCCCAGGAAGCAAGGCCCCUGACAUGAGCAGCCCUGAGGAUUUCCCCACAUUUGGAUCAGGAGUAGCACCAAAACAGACAUCUGCCUGGGGCCCUAAAAAGAUCUGAAAGAGAAGGAAGUCCUCUCCCUGUUUGGAGUGUCUGACCAGUUUAGAAAUCUCACUCUCUCUCUUUUCCUUCUUAUCCUUGUUUUUAGAAAUUAGAAGUUCUUCACCACUUCCUCUUUCUCUGGCCCUUUCAGGACAUGUAGCAUUCUCCUCUGCGUGCUCUUGUGCCAUUUUAUGCUCUGUAGACACCUGGGGCAGAUUGGACUGAUGUGAACUCAGCUAUGCUGCACUCCUGUGCACCUUCGUCUUUCUCUGGUCUAAUUAAAAUGAAAUCUGCAGUCAGACAGUUUAAAAGGAUCAGUAUCACUAUCCACCAGCCUGUUUCUCAGUAGUCAGUUUUAAUGCAGUGCAAGUCUUAUUUUCAACAGAAAGGUAACAGAAUUUGCCUAUGUUUUUAUUCCUAAGAUAAUUGUAAAGGGGUAUUAGUGUUUUUACAUUUUACAUAGUUAUCUACUGUUUCUAAACUCAAACAUACAUUUGACUGCUCUGCGAGUUACUCCAAAUUCUUUUGGAAUAGGUGGUUUACAAUUUGUAUAAGUUCUACCAAAACCCUAAAAAAUAUUUGUAAAUGCUUUUGGUUUAUGAGUAGUAAACAACUGAGUAAUAUAGAACAGAAAAGACUUCCACCAAAAUGGUACAGUUUUUUAAAUAAGUUCACUGUGCAAGAUUUUUUUUAAACUGUCCUUGAAGGUUUUUACUAAAUUUUACUGAAGUCUGAGCCAGUCAAGCACAUUCUAAAAGCUCCCAAAGGGCUUUCUUUUAGCCAUCAUUCCUUAUGCUAAAGGAAUGGAUGCAUGGAUUUUGUAGUCCUUUUAACCAGAAACAAAGUAGCGCUCCACAUAUUUUUGGAGAUACCUGUGAAGUAUAUUUAUCACCUGGAGAUAUUGUCUUUUUUAUACAUUUCAUAGUUAUUUGCGUAUUUAUUUGCAAAUGUAUGUAAAUAUAAUAUUUAUUUUUAUUUUUCUCUGAUUCUGUGAAAUCAAAUUAGUGAAGCCUUAGGCACAGUGCUGGUUUCUAAUGAUGACGAGAGCGAGGGGGCUAUUGCUUCACAGCACCAUAAAACAUGUCUUCUUAAACUGUUCUUAAUUGACUUAAAUGACAAUAUUUGUGUUUGCUUUCUAAUUGUUAACAGAGGUUUAGUUGGCGAUUCCCUACUUUGUCCAUUCCACUGCCGUGUUUCAAUUGUCCGUGCUCACCUUUUCACCGCAGAAACAAGGGAAUGCUGCUAAUUGAAGGCACCGUGCUGUAGUGACUUUUUCUAAUGUGCAAAUAAAACAGUUGUUCCAAGCUCUUCACGCAAGGCAUGUUGGAUUUUCGUACCACACGCCUGUCCCUACAGUUUCCUGGCUGUUUCCUGAAACUCUGCCAUGCGUGAUAGAAGGGGAGGAGACAUGCUCCAGUUACAAUAUUCUGCUUUGCCUUAGCUAUGAUUUUAACAAGACGUACCUCUGGUUUCUACUCUACUUUGAGGGCUAGUUUUUUUUUUCUUUCCUUGGACUGAGACCAUUCAAAAACAAAAACAAAAAAAGCAAAAGCAUUAAACAGUCUUUAGAGCCUGUCAUGAAUUAACAUUCAGUUAAACUGCACCAUUAACAGCACCAUAGGUCAAGUCAUAUAAAACACAAUCCAGCAAGACACCGUUUUUUGUUUUAAAGGAAUGAAGUUGUGGAAGUUAUUGUAUAGAAAGGCCCAAUUCCCUGUUGGAUGUCUACUGUUGGCACUUUCCUGUCACAUCUUUAACACACUCUUAUAGUGGACAUUUAAUCUUCUGUAUAACGUGUGAAUUUGCUGUGCAUUUGUGCAGUGUUAGUAACACUGUUGGCCUUAAGCAGUACACAUUAUAGGAUAUUUUGGACAUUUGAUUAAGUUAAUAUGCAACACUGCAAUAACUUGUCAGUGACUGAGGAUUUUCUUAUUCUAAAUAAAAGUAAGUGACAAUGAAAAA